UACGUAGGGACGACGGAUAGUCAAGCAUUUGGAAAACAUGGAUACAAGCCUGGAGAACACUUUUUCAUGACUUGCUGGAGGCAUGAAAGCGGGUUCCGGUUCCGAUGUUUUUCUGUCAGGAAGUUUGACGUAUGCGGCUGAGGCUCAUCUCUUGCUUUGUUUUGGUUGGUGAGAGCGGCGGGACCGUCGUCGGCCGCGGACACCGUGCGACAACUUUGCGACCGUGUCGUCGAGAAAGACCGCGUCUCCCCCUCCCCACCCCUCACCCCUCUCCGCUCACACUUGGGAGUCAGUUCGGUUUCUUGUGCGAAUGCUCCAGGAGCCGUAAUUCGAGAGUCCGAAGCGCUGCGAAGUCUGAACCUCGAUGGAGUUCAUCCAACUUGACUUCGCCUCACACAACAAAAUCGAGUCUACUUGUAUAAUAAGCACAUAUAGGUUGUAGUUAUUUUCGGUCGGGUUUUUGCUACAGGUCUGAACUCCAUUAUGUCGCUGCCUGAAUCGAGUGUCCCUGUACUUUUGUUAUAGCUCAGCGAUAGGCCUUUUAUUUAUUCCCAUAUGAUUGCGUUUGGAUCCGAGCUCGGGUUGCCAUGCGAGGCAGUUAUAUCCAGUACUGUCACGAGCGCAAAGGUCUUUCCAGCCUAGAAUAUCUUGGACUCAAACUUGGCAACACGGGGAAGGAAAAUCUGCAAACUUAGCAGGAAGAGAGGCCAUCAAAAAAAAAAAAAAAAAAAAAUCACGGAAAUCGUACGAUCUUUUCCUCCGGCGACCCGUUCCUCGCAAAUGGAUUUCAUACGGGCCACACGGUUACUGUUACACCUCGUUUGGUAGUUUUCUGUUUGAACCAAACGCGGCCGUGGGGAUACAGCUCUGUGUCCCGCAAGCCCGAGAGCGCUGGCUGGGACUUCUGAAAAUGUUUUGGAAACUCGAGUUUCCCCCAAAGAUCCGAGGCUGCAGCGGACCAGAGGUUUGUCUUUGUGCCACAGCUGGAACGGUCUGAUGUGGGCUUUUCCAUCGGAACAUUUUCUGUGUAAAACACACAGCCGUCUGAUGUGACCGUGUUUGUUUUUUACAACCUGGAAAGUAUCUGCUUGUGUUGUUGCUCCCAACUUUCCGUUGAAGAAGACAAGCCCCCGUUACCUGUGGAGCGGGGGGAGGGGGGUCGGCCCGGCCAUGGCGCCCUCACGCACGCGCACACGCACUCUGGGCGGCGCGUCGGUCUGACUGAGGACACCGAUGGACGUGAACAACGCGUGGACCUACUGCGUCACCUCUGCCGCGAGACACGGGUGACCGGUCUCGCGCUGACCGAGGUCGUCUAGGCGACAGGUGAGGGUCGUGAGCUGUGCACGUGACAGGGACCACAGGUACAGGCUGUGGCACAGCAGAGACAAGAUUCAGAAGACCGGCUUGUAGACCACAUACGCAAACAUCACCACAAUGAAUGAGAGGCAGGCUCUCCACUCUAUCAUGAAGGACCUGGUUGCCCUCCAGAUGACGCGGCGCCAGCCUGUGUUGUCAUAUGACAACAGCAAGCCCAAGAUACCAGCUCAGACCAACAGACAGGAUGAUGUCAGGAUAAAGUUUGAGUUCUCCGGAGAGAGACGGAUCCUGGUGUUUGGACGGCCUGUGCAGUUUGAGGAAAUCCAGCAGAAAGUGAAGACUGUCUUUGGGCAGCAGUUAGACCUGCAUUAUAUGAACAAUGAGUUGUCCAUCCCUCUGCAGGAUCAGGAUGACCUGGACAAGGCAAUUGACCUGCUGGACCGAAGCUCCAACAUGAAGAGCAUCAGGAUCCUGCUGCUCACUCAGGAGCAAAGCAACGCCUCCUCCCCCUCCCACCAUGUGCCGUGUAAACAGGUGAGGAUCAAGUCCUCCCAGUCCACUGGAGACGUUAGCACGGUGUACCAAUCCGUCGAGCCAAGAGGGCGCCACCUAUCAACCGGUUCUCAGAACACGGGGCGUAGCUCACCUCCUCCUGGCUAUGUGCCUGAGCGCCAGCAGAGGAUCGCCCGCCAAGGUUCAUACACCAGCAUAAACAGUGAGGGGGAGUUCAUCCCUGAGACCAGCGAUCAGUGUGUGCUGGAUCCCUGGAGCAGUGCAGAGAAUUCUGUCUCUGGAAGCUGUCAGUCUCUGGACAGCAACUCAGACAGCCCCUCAUUUAGGAAGUCUCGCAUGCACAGAGCAAAAAGUUAUCCCGAUAAUCGUCAGGAGUGCUCAGACAGGGAGAAUCAUGUGUAUGACAGGGUAGCGGGAAAGGGAGGGACCUAUCCUCGUAGGUAUCAUGUCUCCCUGCAUCAUAAGGACCACAGUGAAGGUCGUCGAACAUUUCCACGGAUUCGUCGCCCCCAGGGGAACCUGUUCACUCUUGUGCCUUCACGCCGGUCACUCAACGGCAGCGAAGAGAGUCUGGGCAGCUGGCAGCUACCCGAUGCCCAGGGCAGGCUCCGUCCCCAGGAGCGCUCUGUUGCCCAUAAGUCACCCAGCGCUCCAGUGACGUGGCGCCGUGGGAAGCUUCUGGGCCAGGGAGCGUAUGGACGGGUUUACCUGUGUUACGAUGUUGAUACUGGGAGAGAGCUGGCUGCCAAGCAAGUCCAGUUUGAUCCUGAAAGUCCUGAGACCAGCAAGGAGGUCAGUGCUUUGGAGUGUGAAAUCCAGUUGCUGAAAAAUCUGCAUCACGAGCGCAUCGUUCAGUACUAUGGCUGUCUGAGAGAUCACAAUGACAAGACCCUCACUAUUUUCAUGGAGUACAUGCCGGGGGGUUCAGUCAAAGACCAGCUGAAGGCCUAUGGGGCCCUGACAGAAAAUGUGACCCGGAAGUACACAAGACAGAUCCUGGAGGGCAUGUCCUAUCUGCACAGCAACAUGAUCGUACACAGGGACAUCAAAGGUGCUAACAUCCUACGGGAUUCCGCGGGCAACGUGAAGCUUGGAGAUUUUGGUGCCAGCAAGAGACUUCAGACCAUCUGCAUGUCUGGCACCGGCAUCCGCUCAGUGACCGGCACCCCCUACUGGAUGAGCCCGGAGGUGAUCAGUGGAGAAGGCUACGGCAGGAAGGCCGAUGUCUGGAGCCUUGGUUGUACAGUGGUGGAGAUGCUGACAGAAAAGCCUCCAUGGGCUGAAUAUGAGGCCAUGGCAGCCAUAUUCAAGAUAGCCACCCAGCCCACCAACCCACUUCUACCCUCGCACACCUCUGACCAGGCCCGGGACUUUAUCCGCUGCAUCUUUGUGGAGGCCAAACACAGGCCGAGUGCUGAGGAACUGCUCCGUCAUCCCUUCUCCCAGGUUCUGUGCUGAAGCCUGCCUGGUUUCUGAACUUUAACCACAGAGUAGCACAGUAGCCUCAGCAAUAGCUGUAGCUUCCUUGAAACCUAUCCAUGACGGAGGACCAGAUGUGGAACAGGCCUGGAUGUGAGUGUUAAACCCACCGGGCCUCUGCUGCCAUGCAGAUGCUUCCAAGAAGAGUCAGUGUCCACUCAAACAAAUCCAAAGAAGCGACAGUUUGACAGCUGCAGUCAACGCAAUGCCUUGAAAACCAAUGCAAGUACAUGCUCGGACAAAAGUCACCACCAGGGGGAAACAAAACACAGAUGAAGUAUCUGGUGGGGUGUUGAUCUUUGUCACAUACAAACACACAGAUGCAAACACUCCAAAAGCAGAAUCAUAGAGUCAUAGCUCAUGCACCAGUUGUGUCUUCAUAAAGUAUCCGCUCCUCUGUUUACAUAAACUUGUUGGGCAGUUACGAGAAAUGCCAGGAAGUGUUUGACUUUUAAAUAUUUACCUGAGCACACCAUUUUAAAGCUACAGCAGGCCUAAAGCUCAAGUUUGCCCGGUGGGUGAUGAACGCCGCUGGUGCACUACAGUGUUUGGACGGACUGUCCUCUUUUUUUUUUUUUCCAACUUUGGCAACAUUUGCAACUUGUAACUACGUCCUGUUUCUGUUCCUGGUUUGGAACAAAGAAAAGUCCAAAAAAAAAGUCUACACAAAUAUGUAACCAUUUCUGGCUACAUAUUUGUGUAGACUUUCAGUAAAACAAAGAUGAAGUGAUAUCACAUGGAGUUAUGUGUAGAGUAGCUACACUGGAGUUUAAUAGCAAAGUAAUGUUUAGCUAUUGAAAACAUCAAUAGUAAAUAAGCUAAGGCAUGUUUUGGUUUCAUCCCCUCAGAAGAAAGAGAUCAUGGUUUAGCAUGGCUUACCAUUCAGAAAUUCACGAUAAGAGCCAAAUACACAAAUUUCUCCACUGUCAGUAUCCUCGAUAGACUAUGGUGCACCACAGCUAAUAGCUCCAGUCUGUGGCUCUCAUGUACAGUGUUACCAUUCAAGUCACAGACCUAUACAUCUAUGCAUGUUUCUCUGAAAAACAAUUAUGCGCUGAUCAUUGAAAAACCGUUUAACGACACCUGCACUGCUCUGACGGUAUUUCAGGAAUACUCAAAGAUUUAAAAAAAAAAAAAAAAGUUCUGUCUGGUGGAUGAUAAAAAGAUUUUUAACAUGUUUGUCCAGUUGCGACCGUAUUUCUUUUCUAGGUUGUCAGAAAGUGCCUACUUUAUGUCCUUGCUCUUUUUGUACAACGCAAGAAAAAUAUCAACAUUAUUUUUCUGUGAGAAUAUACAAUGAUAUAAAGUAACAUCAAUAUAUAGGCAAUUAUAUGACUGAUAACAAAAAUGUAAAAAUGAGUUUCAGAUUGUAUAAAUUAGGCGAAGACGUAUGUCAUUUCUAGCUAUCCUCUUUCUUUGGAUCAGGAAACAGUCGCAACCUCUUAAAGUGACUCUGCUCACUCUUGUUCUACCUGUUGCCUCAGUGGGACUUAUCCUUUUCGACCUGCCAUCUUUCUCUUUCAGCUCUUCAGUAUUACAGUUGUUCUCAGCCUACAAAGUGCCAAAAUGGGACAGAUAAAGAAUCAUGGUAUGGACUAUCAGUUAUUUGUGAGAGUGAAGCAGACAGUGCUGUUUAUGGCCAGAAAAGAAUACAACCUAAAGGCCUGAAUUUGUCACUCCCAUUGCCUUAUUUUAAGAUCAUACUGUCCACGUGUUUCUGGCCUAAACGUCCCUGACUGAGAAGCCUUUGCUUAAGGAUCAAUUUUAAAUCAGAUGCACUUUUAUGUAAAAUGAAUGUUGUGGGGGGUUUUGUUCUCUUUACCAAAUUUGAUUUUGUUUUUUAACUUCAAAUGUGAAAAUUGUUUCACUUUUUAUUUAUACCCCCAUGUCCAUUCCAAUUAGAUUUUAUAAGCAAAUAUAUAUGUAUAAAUAUAUUUUUUAUAUUUAGACUGUGUCAAAUCUAAUGAUACUUUCAGGACAUAGUGUCGUUAAAAGUAAAUCGUUGAAAGCAGCUGGUUUUGCAGACAUUACAGAAUUGGGGUUUAUAAAUGAAAAAUGGAUGGAAAACGAACUCUGGCGGCCUGGUUCUUGUCCAGCUCCUAAAAAUUUCCAGGCAUCCAUAGCUAUACAUUUAGAUGACAGUAUUAACUGACAGCUUAUGGAAACUUUGCAUCAUUUGGCCACAAUACUUUGCAACAUCAAUGAGGUCUCAUGAAUGAAACCUUUAAAGGCUAAAUUUACAAAAGAAAAGGCUGGGAAUAUUUCUUGUGUUUUCUCAGUGUUAUUAAAACAUAAUUAAGCGGUGUUUGUGAGCCAAAGACAAACAGGACUAAAGCCAGCGCUGGAUGUCAGAGUUCGCUGUUCAACCCAGAUGACGACUUUGUUUAUCCCAGGGUUCAGACAACGAGUCCAGUAUUAAAUGCCUUCAGGGCAAAGGGCUUGCUGCUGCCUUGACGCUAAUACGUUGAUAUUUCUGUGGGGCUGCAACUUGCUAAAGGCAGCUAAAACAAGUUCAGUGUUGAAAAAGAUGUGGUUCUAAGAAAAAGGCCCUGGGAUAAGCAAAUGAAUACAAACUAGUUGUUAGAAAUUAUAUAUGUAAAUGUAUGAUUAUGUAUCAUGACAGGACUUGCAGUGCAAAGUCUAAUGUAUCAAAUUUAUUUUACAGCAAGAAAAGAAUAGUAUGUUUAAUGAGUGUUUUUAUAUAUAUAUAUAUGUGUGUGUGUGUGUGUGUGUGCUUGUGU